UCCCGACACCUUUGCGGCCAGCGGUUCUGGCUGCGUCGCGUCCUGCGCAGCUCCUUCCGUGUUUGGUGCAGAGGCGCGGGAGGCGGACGGUUCUUUGCCAUUCUGGUGGCGCAGGAACCAGGAAAGCGGCGGGAACCCGUGUGUGUGGCUGCCAGUGGAGUGUGGCGAACAGGUUCCCAGAAAAAUUUUUAUAGAUAGCUGUUCACUUGGAAGUUAGUUGAGAAACAACGAAAUCUAUUCAUUUGGAUUCAAGGUCUAUCUUCAUAGUAGCUGUGCUGAUCUUGGAUUGCCAGAAGCCAUCAUCUUCCUGCAGCCUGCGUGAGCCUCUACUCUGGCCAUACCCUUGCGAAAGGUUUUAUUAGAAAGGGGACUGUGUGACUUGCUCAGCUGACAAGUGACUCUCACUAACGAGCUCAUCUCUGACCCACUGGAAAAGUAAAGACACUGACCUGGUACACAGUGAAAACCAAGGCCGAGAUUGAACAAGAUUAUAUAACUGGGCUUUAACCAUGACUGGGAGAAGGAAUAAGGCUAGGGGCCAGGCCAAAACUGAGAAAAAGGCAAAAGUACAGGCUAAAGUUGGAGCAGAGAAGGAAGUUACAAGUGCAGUCAAACCAGUAGCCAAGACCCAAUCUAAAACAAAAGCCAAAACAGGGUAUAAAACAGAUGUAGUGGCAGAGACAAAGGUAGUAUCUAAAAACAGGGUCCUUGAUGAGAUGAAGGAAGCAGCGCUGCCAGAGCCUAAGGCUCCAGUGAAAGCAAUAGAUGAUUUCAGUUCCAAGGCUGAGAAUGGGGUUACCAGCUCCACAUGUAAAGAUAAGGCUGGUAUUGAUACCUGGUUCUGGGGUGGGGAAGAGGCCAGUAUCAGUUCCUGGUUCUGGAAGGGAGAAGCGGCUGGUAAUCAUUCCAGUGCUAAAGAUGAAAAUAAAGCUGAUACUGGUGCCCACGUCUGUGCUGAGGAGUUGAAAUCUGAGGCUGGGGCCAGUUGUAAAUCUAUGUCAGGGGUUGAUGAAGAGGAAGACAAUGUUAUAGGGAAUUGGUUUUGGGAAGGAGAUGAGACUAGUUUUGACCCUGAGCCCAAACCUGUAUACAGGAUAGUUAGACCUCUGCCUGUGAAUGAAAUUAAUCAAAAAAAUAGACCUAAGGACUGGUCUGAGGUCACUAUCUGGCCCAAAGCCCCUGCUGUAACACCAGCUGUGUUAGGAUUUAGAUCCCAGGUCCCAGCUGAGACAAAGCCCUCUUCGUUUAUUGUUGUUUCCUCAGCUGAAGGAAGUACCCAUUCUUUUUCUGCAGCAGCAGCUUCCCCUUCUAGGAAUACUUGCUCAAGCUCACAGCCUAUUCCUGAGUCCCCAUUUGGUUCUGACCUUUGCGUCCAGACCAUAGAUGAAAUUAGACAGCAAAUUAGGAUCAGGGAAAUGAAUGGUAUUAAGCCAUUUGCUUGCCCUUGCAAAAUGGAAUGUUACUUGGAUUCUGAGGAAUUUGAAAAACUUGUUAGCAUACUUAAGUCAACCACUGAUCCUCUCAUUCAUAAAAUAGCGCAGAUUGCAAUGGGUAUCCAUAAUGUUCAUCCAUUUGCCCAAGAAUUCAUUAACGAAGUGGGUGUAGUGACACUUAUUGAAAGCUUGCUCAGUUUUCCUUCCCCUGAAAGGAGGAAAAAGACUGUAAUUACUCUGAAUCCUCUUUCUGUGGAUGAAAGACAACGCAAGAUUGAGUUACAUGUUAAGCAUAUGUGUAAGGAAACAGUGUCUUUCCCCUUAAACUCACCUGGACAGCAGACUGGAUUAAAGAUACUUGGGCAGUUGACUACUGAUUCUGUCCAUCACUAUAUUGUUGCUAGUUACUUUUCAGAACUUUUAAAUUUGCUGUCUGAGGGGAAUCGUAAAACCAGAAAUCUUGUUUUGAAAGUACUUGUGAAUAUGUCUGAAAAUCCAGCUGCAGCCAGAGAUUUGAUCAAUAUGAAGGCAUUGUCAGCAUUAAAACUCAUCUUCAAUCAGAAAGAGGCAAAAGCCAAUCUUGUUAGUGCUGUGGCCAUAUUUAUUAACAUAAAAGAGCAUAUAAGAAAGGGCUCAAUUGUAGUUGUUGAUCACUUGAGUUAUAAUACACUUACUGCCAUUUUCCGUGAAGUUAAAGGGAUUAUUGAAACAAUGUAAAACAAGCCAAGAAUGAAGAGAUUCUGAAAGGCUGUACAUUUCCAAAGAUCAUUGCCUAACUUUUAUUACAGUGUACACAUUAAAAAUCAUAUCUUCAACAGUGUACCUGUAAGGCUGUAGCUCUGAGCUAGAACAUUUUUUGUGUAUAUCAAAUCAGUAUUAACAUCUGAAAGUAUUCGUUGGUUUUCAUGUUGUCUAAACUGGCAUAUUUAAAAUUUUACUUAAGAAAGUAAACCAAUUCUAGGGGCUGGGGAUUUAGCUCAGUGGCAUAAGCACCUGCCUUGCAAGCAGGCGAUCAUGAGUUCGAUCCCUGGUACCGAUAAAAAGUUAAAAAAGUCAGAAAAAAAGAAAGUAAACCAGUUGUUUAUAGGUAAGCUUAGCUUUACUGUUAGUAUCUACUUAGAUAUAUCUGUGACUUCAAAUGGCAAAAAAAAAACGUUGCAUUUAUAAUCUAGUUACAGAAAUAAGGUAUAUGAACACAAAAAUAAUAGUACCUAUAGUUAUACUUGUGGUGCACGUGUGUGUAUGUGUACCCUAUCAAUACAUUUUAGGAAGCAAAGCUUAUUGUAAGGGAUUUCUAUUUUUCCUCUGUUCCAAAUAAAUCAGAACUGAUUCAAAACAGAAAUAACUGAAUCUCAGACAAAAUGUGAUGUUUGUUUACUUUUUAAUUUUUAUUACAUUUUCAACCCUUAAAUUGUUAGGCAGCUUCAUUGUGUCAGUUAUUUUAUAGAAGAAAAAGGAGGUAGCAUAGGGAGAAGACAUUUAUUAAGUGCUCUUUGUGAGACACUGUGUUGGCACUAAUGGUUUAAUUUUGUGGUUGAUGAUGUCUCUGCAAAGUGUUCCAAUUCUUAACUUCCUCCAAAUAGACUUGUCCAUUAAACAUUUAGCUAUAGUUGAUAAAGUCAAGAGAAAAGUCUGACAUGGAUGUAUGUAUUUUUCCUGGCAGUACCUGGGAAAUACUAGGUAACCAAAAUUUUGUUGAACAAAUAAGAUGUAGAUGUGGAUCAUGUAAGGAAGUAAAACAUUAUAUAUCCUUCCUUUUUCUAUCCAUCAUUUUUAUUUUAAAGAACUGAAAUUGUUCUAAAUACUGUUUCAUACCCUGAAUUUAAAAGGUAAUUGAUUUUUUCUCAUAAAAUCAUACUUUUUUUGACCCUUAAGAUUUAUUUUGUGAGUCACAUGAAAGUCCAAAGAACUCCAUCUUUUACUAGUAGGCAAGCCCAGUUUGCAUUUGUACUAGCUAAAACAGACUAAACUUAAUUGGAGAAAUUUGGAUCCAUAAUUGAAGGUCCACUAAUAUAGAAUAGGAAAGCAAGGAGAGAAGCUACUGUCUAAAAAUACAAAAUAAUGAUUCCUGAAAAGUCUUUACAGCCCUGGAAACAUUUUAGGGAUUUGGUGUGAUAUGUGAGGUUCUGAGAUUCAGUAGGAAUUACCAUCCCUGAUCUGAGCUGUGAAAAAUGUCUUUUAUAUAUGGAACCAUCAAGUGUAUGCUUUGAGAUUUUCAAUUAAGUUAAAAUGAUUAUACUAUAAAUACUUGUAACUUGUCCCCUACACACUAUUUGUAUACCAUGAACAACUUUCCAUGUCAUAAAUAUGGUUCUGUGAAAUAGUUGUGAAACACUUAAUACGUCUCUUCCUGUUAUAUAAUGUUGUAAUCUUUCAUUGCAUAUUCUCUUAAAAUAUAUAGUAAAUGUUAUGGUUUACUAAAUGUACCUCCAAAGCCUCAUAUGCUCAUAAGUAAAGCUUUUGGGAGAUGAUUAGAUUGUAGGGGCAUGAUACUGUACUUACAAUAGAUUAUAUUGUUGAUGAGUUUAUAGCUAAAUGUAUGUUGAGAAGUGAAGUCUGGUCUGAGGAGGUGGGUCCUUGGGUGUGUCGCCUAAAAGGGUGUAUCUCCCUCCUUCCUUGCUUCUUGCCACCCAUGCCGUAAACUAUUUCUCCUCUGUUGUGCUUCCCUGCCUUUAAGCAAGCUGACUAUGGAUUGAAACCUCUACAAACUGAGCCAAAAUAAAUUUUUCCACCUUA